AUCGUAACCCCGCAGACUGCCCAAGUUUCAUUCAGAUUUUCAUCACACCAAAGCCAAACUUCUUUCACACCAAAGCCAUAUUAUUCAUUCAAAAGGACGUAUCCUUUACCCUUUUUCACACCCUGAAUAUUUCCUGAUUUCUGUUUGUUUAAUUAGUUUUUGGCACACAUGAAGAGAAGCAUAACAGAAAGAGAGAUCGAUAACAUGACCAUGGCAAACUGCUUGAUGCUACUCGCUCGCGGGGGGGAAAUGAACGCUUUCUCCGACGACUCUCCAAGCCGUGUCUUUGAGUGCAAGACAUGUAACCGGAAAUUCCAGUCGUUCCAAGCGCUAGGCGGUCACCGAGCGAGCCACAAGAAGCCGAGGUUGAUGAUGGGAGGCGCAGACGGAGGAAAUCUCGAUCAGUCGCAGUCACAUGGCUCAUCCCCAACCAAACCCAAAACCCACGAGUGCUCUAUUUGCGGCCUAGAGUUUGCCAUAGGGCAGGCUUUGGGGGGUCACAUGAGGAGGCACAGGACAGCCUUGACUCAUCACGAAAACCAAGCUCCUUUCAAUCUCACACAAAGCCUGCUGCAGGUUCCUGAUCUGGGUGCUAGUUCUUCUUCUUCUUCUUCACAAGUAGUACCCGUCGUAAAGAAAACGACUAGUCGGAGAGUCUUGUUUCUGGAUCUCAACCUGACACCCGUUGAGAAUAAUCUGGAGUCUGUAAGGCUUGGAAAGGCAGCACCCUUGAUUGAUUGUUUUUUGUAAUAUGAUUAAGCUUGUCAUGUGUUUACCCAUGCGGUAGGCCGCUAGCUACUGUAGUUCUCUCGUUUGAUCUUUCACAGGAUCAUGAUCAGUACGAUAUAUUUCUUAUACA